CGCCGAGACCCACCGCCCCAUCGAUUUUCUCUUUUUCUGUCUUUUUUCUCUUUUUCCCCCAUCGCUCCCCGCAGCCGGCUCUCUUCCGAGCGGCCAGCUUGCUUUCCUCUCUCCGCUCUCAAUUUCACACAAAAAUACCGACUCAACACCUAGACUGUGUUUCUCUUCACACCAAACAACAACACCGCUCAACGUCCUCCGCACCUCUUCUUCCGUCUUCCGCAUAUCCUUAUCCCAGGACCGCUUUGGACUCCGCAUCCCGCUCGCGCCACAACCCUCGCUAGGCAGGAUACGACACACGACCGUUGCUACCGAACCGUUCACAAUGGCUGAUAAUGCGACGGAGAUCGAUCUUGACUCGGUCAUCGACCGCUUGCUCGAAGUUCGAGGCAACCGACCAGGGAAACCUGUCCAACUGCAAGAGUACGAGAUCAAGUACCUCUGUACCAAAGCCCGCGAGAUUUUCAUAAAUCAACCUAUCCUGCUGGAGUUGGAAGCGCCCAUCAAGAUAUGCGGUGACAUCCACGGUCAAUACUAUGAUCUCCUCCGACUUUUUGAGUACGGCGGCUUCCCGCCAGAAUCCAACUACCUCUUUUUGGGCGAUUAUGUCGAUCGGGGGAAGCAGUCGCUCGAGACAAUCUGCCUGCUCCUGGCAUACAAGAUUAAAUACCCCGAAAACUUUUUCAUCCUACGAGGCAACCACGAGUGUGCGAGUAUAAACCGGAUUUACGGGUUUUAUGACGAGUGCAAACGGCGGUACAACAUCAAGCUAUGGAAGACGUUCACAGACUGUUUCAACUGCUUGCCUAUCGCUGCUAUCAUUGAUGAGAAGAUCUUCACAAUGCAUGGUGGACUCAGUCCGGAUCUCCAGUCGAUGGAGCAAAUCAGACGAGUGAUGAGACCCACGGAUGUGCCGGACACAGGUCUACUUUGUGAUUUGCUAUGGUCCGACCCAGACAAGGAUAUCACGGGAUGGUCAGAGAAUGAUCGAGGAGUCUCGUUUACGUUCGGUCCAGACGUUGUCUCGCGAUUCUUGCAGAAGCAUGAUAUGGAUCUCAUAUGUCGAGCUCAUCAGGUCGUCGAGGAUGGAUACGAGUUCUUCGCAAAGCGACAGCUGGUCACGCUAUUUUCAGCGCCAAAUUACUGCGGAGAGUUUGACAACGCGGGCGCCAUGAUGAGUGUGGAUGAGACGCUAUUGUGUUCCUUCCAGAUCUUGAAGCCGGCCGAGAAAAAGGCCAAGUAUCCUUAUGGAGGGAUGAAUAUGGGACGACCAGUAACUCCGCCGCGUAAACAGAAGAAGAAAGACGGCAAAAUGGGCUGAGCGCCGCAUGGCCACACCUCCCCGACGCGCAUCGGAUCGAAACCCAUCAAUCGCGCUCCCACGUUUUGAGUCGUUUUCUUUUUUAUUUCCUUCAGUUUCGUCUCCCCGAUCUCGGUUUUUGUCGUCAUCGUCUUCAUCUUCGUCGUUUGCGGCUGGUUGGUCGGUUUUCAUGGUGUCUGUCGGGUCAGGUAGGUGGGCAAGUGGGCGGACGAGGAUGGAUGUGGCGUAAUCGGGAUAUAGGCGGUCGGACGAGGCAGGACUGGGAAAGUGGGUGAAAGGACGCAAGACGUGAUGGGUGCAUAUAGGGGUUUUUGUGCGGUGGGGAUAUUGUUGGAGGCGGAUGGGUGGGCUAUGUCGGACGCGGUGGCGCGAAGAAAAAGUAAUGACUGGAACGCGCAUGGACAGCACAAAGCACACAUAGGAUCCAUUCGACUCGAAUAUCACGUCCGUUUGUAUUUUCAGACCAGACCGCAUCCUCUGCCCUCUUUUCGCUCCGCCACGUUAUGCACACUGCCUGGCUCCGCGCGACGCGGCACGGCUCCCCUCUGCGUUGGAAUCUGACGCUUUCGCUAUUUCGCCCUACCUCUGUCUGUUUGCUCACCGUCUGGUCUGUGUAUCGUUCGUCUUGGCGCAAUGUCUGAACCUCCCUUGUUUGUCCCCAUGUCUUUCUAGUAUCAUCUCUCUUCCCCUUUUCUCCCCUCUCCCUACCUUCUUUCCUCUUCUUCGAUGCCGACUCGACCCUUCUUGCCGCGCUCCUCGCCACCUCCCAGAUGAUACCAUAACCAACCCCGCUUGUCCAUAGUGUCUCGCCAAUAUAUAUAUGUUCCUAUCGCACUCGUUCUACUCCCCGCUCGCGCUCUGUACAUACGCGAGUCCUUCCCCCCCUCGUUCCCCUGUCUUAUUCUUUCUCCCCCUAGGUGUCAGUCUCGUUUGUCCCGCUCUGCUGCUCUUCUAAUAUUGCGACUGUGAGAUUACUAGGUUAUCGGCCAUCUUGCUACCUUUACGCGUGCAGUAUUUCAUUUCAUCUACAUAUUCGUUCGGCGGCGUUAUAUUCGGCGUUUUAUAGAGUGGAUGAGCGUCGCUGGUGCUGGUAAGUAGACGCGGCUAAUGGUAUCGGCCCUCUGGGCAGAAUCUUGUGCU